AUGACGGCCCUGGCGCUCCCCAUUCCCGCCUCUGCCACCACCGCCACCACCAUGGCUUCUUCUUCUUCGAAUUCCUUCUCCUCCUCGUCCGGCCUCAACUCGCUGGGCAGCGGCGCCGACCACCGCCGCAAGGACAGCAAGCGCGCUGCGGCCAACGACCCUGCCGCGGCGCUGGCCACCACCGCCACCACCAGCACCAACGGCGGCAGCCCCAGCAUCGCGCGGCGCAACUCGAAGAGCAAGAACAAGAAGGCCUGCAACAAGGUCGAGAACAGCGGAAAGAUGGGGGCGGAGGAGGAGCAGGAGGAGCAGGAGGAGGGCAUUCACCUGGCGACGGCGGUGGCGGUGACGGUGACGUCGGGCGGCGACCACCUGGACGUGGACGAGCUGCUCAACCUGGUGCGCGAGCGCGGGCUGACGGGUGGCAGCACCUACGAGAUGGGCGACAGCGACAGCAGCGGCCGGGGCAGUGGCUACUUCGUCGCCAACGGCACCGCCAUGUCGCUGGCCUCCUCCUCCAACGGCAGCAGCUGCGCCAACAGCACCAACGGCGUCAGCGGCAGCGGCGGCCUCUACACGUCGCAGUCGUCGACCACGUCGCUGCCGGUGCUCAACCUGCAGCAUCUGCAGCACUACGUGAGCAACACGUCGUACCUCAACAACCACCACAGCCACCACCUGCCCCACCUGCCGCUGCCGCUCAUCAAGAACGGCUCGUCGUCUUCCACGACGUCGUCGCCGUCGGCCUCGCUCUACGGCAGCAGCCGCGGCUUCAACCCUGUCAUCGCCUCGUCGUCGGCCACGGCCUCGUCGCCGCCGCCGCACCUGCUCUCGUUCUUCCUCGAGCCGUCGGGCUCGAUCUCGCCCACGUCGUCGUGCUCGUCCACCACUUCGUUCAACCUGUCGUCGUUCGCGGGCUUGGGCGGCGGUGGCUGUGCGUCGUCGCCGCUGUCGUCGGCGCGCCUGGACCAGUCGCAGCACUCGAGCGGCUCGCACCAGUGCCUGAGCGAGCUGACCAGCAGCCCGAGCACCAGCAACGCCAACCUGCUCAACAAGGGCGAGGCCUCGCAGGGCGUGCGGAGCGUGGGCGAGGUUCUAACGCUCGAGGAGCUCAAGCGGCGCGAGCUCGAGCUGUCCGAGGUGCUCUCCGAGGAGGAGUGGCACGGCGCCAACGCCGAGAGCUGGAAGCGGGUCCACCUCCUCCGCGCCGAGCAGCUCCAGCAGCAGCCGGCGGCGAGCCAGGGAGUCCCGCGCACGCCGGAGAACGAGCGGCGCGAAAAGGAGAAGGAGAUGAAGGAGCAGAAGAGGCGCGAGAAGGAGAAGGAGAAGGAGCUCAAGCGGAGCAACAAGGGCAAGAAGAAGGCCAGCAGCAGCAAGAAGGCCGAGAGCGAGAACGAGGGCAGGGAGAACCGGCGCGACAGGGACCGCACCACGCCGCCCGGCCGCAAGCGGGCCAACAGCAGCAAGAGCCGCAAGUCGGAGGACAAGGACAGGGACAGGGACAACACGUCGGCGUCGCGCUUCUUCCUCUCCUCCUCGUCGUCGGCCGUCGAGUGCCGUCAGCUGACCACCACCGCCCGGUCGCAGCAGCGAACGGCCGCGGUCAAGGACGACCGCAAGGCGCGCAAGAAGGAGGAAAAAGAAAGAGAGAAGGAAAGAGAGAAGGCGCGAAGGGAGCGUGAGAAGGAGGAGCGGCGGAGGGACAACAGCAACGGCUACGGCGGCGCCUACAGCGGCGACCACCCGCAGACGGCGGAGGUGAAGCGGAAGCGGCCCAAGUACUCGCUCGGCUUUUCAUUCCGCAACAAGAGCCUCUCGUCGUCGUCCCUGCCCAAGAUGAAGAAUGCGAAGAAUGCCAAGGGGACCACCAUCAUCCCCAAGUCGUCGCCGCUGGCCCUCAUGCCGUCGACGACCGCGACAACCUGCGAAACAUCAUCUUCCGCCUCGUCGUCCCUGGGCUCGCCGCCUUCGUUCUUCUUGGCCGCGGCCAACGCGUCGACGACGUCGCUGACGUCAUCACUCUCCUACUCGACCACUAGCACCGCGGCCUCGUCCGCCGGACGCAAGAAGUCGUCGCUGUCGAGCGGCAACAGCGGCACCAGGCGCCCGUUCAUCUUCUCCUACGGCAGCAACGGCUCCUCGCCCAACGGUUCCUCCAUCGGCGACGCCGCUCAGAAUGGAGAUUACAUUAAUGUGAGCGCGAGCAUCGACAACCUCACGAGCGACUCGGAGUCGGACCACGAGACGGAGGUGGAGAAGGACAUGGAGACGGUGACGAGCCGCUUCUUCCGAAGGCGAGGCCGGACGGAGAAGAAGGCGGCCGAGCGCGGUCGGUCGCGGGACGGCUCGCCCAGCAAGGCGACAACCACAGCGGCCAAGAAGAAGAACAAGGAGAGCAAGCAGACCAAGAAGGGCAAGAGGGAGAACAAAGACCAGAUACGUCAGUCCAAGGAGGACUUGUCGUCCAAGUCGCCCUCGCGCCGGCGUCGAGGCAGCGCCUCGCGCCGCAUCCAAUACUCUGGCUCUGCCGGACCCAUCACAGAGGACUCCGAGUCACCGGAGGAGAAGACGGACUACUCGCUCACGAGGACCAAGUCGUGCCGCAGCCAGCUGUCGUCUUCUGGGGGCUCCUGCUCCAGCCGGCUCGCCCAGCUCCUCAGCGACUCGUCCAACGCCCUGGAGACGGACAAGAUCGAUCGAUUGGCAAAGACCGAGGCUGUCAAUGAGAUCCUCAAGAUCGAACUCGCACGUCUACAUGAGGAGAAGCAGAAGCUCGAGCUCGAGCGGCUGCUGUGGGAGUCACAGCAAAAGAUGGCCACGCAGCUCAUCACGCCCAACAAGCAGAUCAAGCUCAACAUCGGCGGCGAGGUCUUCUUCACGUCGAUCGAGACCCUGCGCAAGUACCCCAACUGCACGCUCUGCCUCAUCUUCACGUCGCAUUACUUCUGCUCGCUGCCGCCCGAGCAGCAGGAGAAGGGCUACUUCAUCGACCGGGACGCCAAGCACUUCCGGCUCAUUCUCAACUUCCUCCGCACGGGCGCCAUGGUGUGGCCCGAAUCGGCCGGCGACCGCAAGGAGCUCAUGCUCGAGUGCGAGUUCUACAACCUCCUCGACUACGUGUCGCUCCUCCCGCGCAAGGAGUUCUGCCGAUCCGCGUCCAAGAUCUUUGGCAGUCCAUUGGAAUGCGAUGAAGACUACCGCAAGAUCACGUUCCACUUUGACAGCUCCUUCCUGUUCCUCUUAUCGAUUUCGUUCACCCCUUAUUUCCCCGACGAGGCGCCAAUCCUUCACGUGCAGUCGCUCAGCCACUGCGACGAGGAAUCCAAGCCCAUCGAGCUCGUCUACUCUCACUUCCUCGCCGUUGGGACGAGCAAGAUGGACACGCUGGCGGAGAGGGUGCACAGCUUCGUUCUCUCGCAGUUGGACCACAUCAAGCGGUGCUUCGUGGACAAGUACGUCGGCUUGACGUCCGAGGACGAAUUCGACUCGCUCACGUCCGAGGACUCACGGCGACCAUCCAGCGCCUCGACGGAACCCUUUUCCCCAUGA